AUGAAGGGCACCGGUGAGGAUGACUCCGACUCGACGCGGCUCCCCACCAAGGAGGAGCUUCGCGACUUCAACCCUUCGUUCGGUAGAUGCUGCACAGCGGACAACUUUCGGCCGGACCUUGUGGGCAUGCCACAUACGCCCUGGAACCUCUCCGUCGCCGAAGUCUUCGCAGAAGAGUUCAUCAAGCAGAAGGUGCAUCCGUGCCGCGAUGAGGUGGCGAUUAAGAAGAACUUCUUGCGGCACCUCGGAUAUCUACGUUCACGAUACAUAUUGCGGACCAAGCCACAGGAAGUACGAACGGAAGCGCGGAAGAAGCAUAACCGCGAACAACGGAGACGCCACUUAUUCUUCCGCCGUUGCGAGGCGUGCGCUUCCCAUCCCAGCGCGAAGAAGCACUUGCGUAUGCUCCAGCUUCUUGGCGCCGACGCGAUGAGCUCGGAUGAGUCUUCAACUGAGAACGGUGAUGCCGUGUACCUUGUGUUGAAGAGGAGCUGGCGCAGCCCCAUUCUCGAUGCGUGGCUCAGGGCGUUCGACUGUCUCUAUCGCCGCAUGCGCCGCCACCCCCUCGGCGGUACCACCCAAGGCGCCCAGGUUCACGCUCGCAAGCUCUGCCAGAAAGUGGACGAUCGGCGAGACCCCAAAAGCGGUUUGCCUGUCAAUGCGUACUCGGCGAAAUGGCUGGCUACGCUGACUCAAUACGACCGUGCACGGCUGGAGAUCGACCUGAAACCGUACGACUUUACUCACGCGCCUGAGAUCAACGAGUAUGUGCGCAGUCGAUCAUUGUAG